AUGGCCUUCUUCAACUUAUAUCUGUUGGGAUAUCAGAAUUCUUUUCGGAACAAGAAAAGGGACACAACUGAAGAAACAAUCCCCAAUCAGGUCUUCAGAGUGCCCUUGACUGAUGCUCAGAACUUCAGCUUCUGGUGGGCCCAUGAUCUAGGAGUUCGUCCAGAGGAAAGCAUGCCAUGGAUUCGGAGCCCACGACACUGUCUCAUAAAAAGCCCAAUGACCAGGUUUAUGGAUCACUCUAUUCUCAAUGACAGAACUUUCAGUCUGUACUGA